UAUUUAUUUUAAAGACAUAAAACUCAAAUAGUGUUUUAAAAGAGAGUCUUUUUGACACAGACUGUAUAAUUGCACCGAAUUUUGAGGGAUGACUAAUAUCAGUGUCAGUGAGUAUGUCAAAAAACUGAACGAUGAAGCGGUGGAGGCACUUAUUCCCGCCAUUAUUUACGUUGUCAUCCUCUUGGUCAUCGGUGUCGUCGGGAACCCUGUCAUUGCAUUCUUUUAUGGCUUAAAAUUGAAACCGACUCCAUCUUACAUGUUUAUUGUAGCUUUAGCCAUUUUUGAUUUUGUCGUUUGCGUUAUUUCCAUGCCUCUAGAAAUCGUUGAUUUAAUUCGAUUCUACACAUUUGAGAGUGCCAUAGCCUGCAGACUUUUAAGAUUUGUGAACUACUUUAUGGCCAUAUCAAGUGGAUCAAUUCUCAUUGCAAUUGCAGUUGAUCGCUACCGGAAAAUUUGCAAGCCGUUUGAUUCCCAAAUAUCAAUGAAAAUGGCCCGGAUAAUAAUAGCAUGUGUUCUUUUGGGGUCCUUAUGUAUUUCGUGGCCAAGCUUCGUGUUUUAUACCGUUGUGCAAGUGAAUCUAACAGAAGUUGCUGGUGCAGUGGGUCAAGAUUGUACCACAAGGCGUGACGAUUCCUACAAACUCUAUAUUACUUUAUACAAUGGUAUUUUAUUUCUUAUGUUCAUCAUAUCCAUUACAUCGCUGAUCGUUCUUUAUUGUCUUGUUGGGAAACAAAUUUUUAACCUUCGAGACUUCCGGUUUUAUGCACAGCGAAAAAGAAAAAAUUCUGCACCACCACAAAGUAGCAUUACUCAAUGUACAGAAGAAUCAGGUGGACUUGGUUCCGUUGCAGAUUCGAAUUCCGCAGAAAUUUCCAAGUUUGAAGAAGUCGUCGUGACUCCUAGUGGGGAAAGCAGACGACCUACAACAAUCACGGCGAUGAAAUUCAUGUCGAGAAACAAAUCAACUAAAAUAUGUGAAAGCGAUGAAUCUAAUAUUUCUGAUGGAAUAAAACAUUUGCCUGAUGACAAUCGUCCUACUACUUCGUCAGAGAAAAUGUCUGUUUCCCCACGAUCUAAAUUUGCCUUGUCGGAACUCACUAACAGGGAUUCUGCAAAAAAGGAAUCCAUUAGAACUGAAAAAUUUAUUCAAGUUCGGGAACCUUCUGAAGAUUUUUCCAAAGAGGUCGACAGAACAACAAACACACCAAACACAUUGGAAACAGGAAACGCAAAGCCCUCUGCAAAUUUACACAAGGAGAAAAUGAGUGUUCACAGCAUCAAAACAAAAAAAUACACAAUAAUCAUGUUAUCAAUUACAAUCGCUUUCAUCGUAAGCUUUUUACCAUACUUGUCCCUUAUGACAUGGAGAACAUUAUCAAAAGAAUACGAGCCAAACCUGUUCUCGAAAUCGGAACUGGUGGCAUUUCAAAUUUUUAUUCGCUCAUUCCUGAUAAACAGUGCUGUAAAUCCUCUGAUAUAUGGUUUUUUGAAUACGGAGUUUAGGAGUUUCAUCAUAGCGUGUUUUUGUUGCAGGAAAAAUGCUCUGUCUCGCCCGUCAAGAUCCAAUAACAGUAGCUAUUCAAAAACAAAAUAGGUUAAAGUAACUGGAGCCCCUGCAAUUUAUUUUAAAUUAUUCACGUUCCUAUUAAAGUACAUCACAUUAGAAACCUAUGUAGGUAUUUACAGUGUGUAUAUAGUUUUAAAGAGCAAGGUGUGGUUUCAAUACAAAUCCUGCCCUGUGAUUUUCUUAAAAACGAAAUUUAAGUAAAAGAUGAAAAGUCAUGCUUUCUUAAUCAUUGAAAUUCCAUGCAGAAAAAUCGUACAAAUUAUUUUCCUCACAUGCAUUUAUAAAUGCUUAUUUUGACGUCAUAAACAUGUGCAUUUUCCCGUAUUUUCUUAAAAAGUUGCAGAAGACACCAAUUUUCAAUAGAAUUUUCUUUCAGAUAAAAUUGUCCACAGGCAUCGCCCACAAAGAUUUUCAGAUAUGUGAUUUUUCAUUGAUUUUUGCACAACAUAUCUUAAAAUUAAAGUAGACGACGGCUGUGGACACUAUUAUUUGAAAGAAAAUUACCCUUGAAAUGAGUCAUUUUCAGACCUUUUCUGCUUAAAGUAGAGAAAUGCAUUAAAUUAAUUACGUCAUAUUUCCAGAAUGGUACUCCUUUAUGUCAUAUUCUUUUCUGAUCUAUCACAGUCAUAAACUCGAUAAAUAUUUAAGCCAAUUUCAAAAACUUUUUGAAAGCAUUGAAUUUUUAGGGCACGAUAAAGCUAAAACCAUACCGUCUUCUUUGAACACCUUCACUGGUAUAUGGUUAUACGACGUAUCGAUAUGGGUGAAAAGUCUUGAAUUAUAUACUAGUAUACACAUAUCAAUACAUUUUAAUAUACCUUGAAUUUUUUAUUCUGUUAAUCUAAAUACAUGUGAAAUUUCUUCUCAUGCAUGUUAAUUUUUAAAUCGUGUUUCGGUGCUGAUUUUAUAUGCUUAUGAUAUUUUUGAUAAAACGUACAUGUAUUGUCAAUAAAUAUUAUC